AUGACUUCGGAACAUCCUAUUCCGCGGAAGCUGUGGGAGCAUCCAGAUCCGAAGAGCACUCAUAUGUACAAAUUCAUGAGGAGGGCGGAAAGGGAGACAGGCAGGAGCUUCAAGGACUAUGACGCGCUUCACCAGUGGUCAAUCAAGCACCGCUCCGAAUUCUGGCGGUUCACGCUGGACUACUUCCCCAUCGUGUACUCCGGCAAGGUGCCAACCCCUGUCGUCAAUGAGACCGCCAGGAUCGACACGGUUCCCAGAUGGUUUCAAGGCGUCAAGCUCAACUUUGCCGAAAACGUGCUCUUCUGCGGUGACGAAUACGGCCGGGCUACAACCAGCCCGGGCAAGGAAGACGAUAAGAUUGCUUGCACCGAGGUGAGAGAAGGAUGGCACUCGACCGAAGCCAUCAGACAGGUCACCUGGAAAGAACUCCGACAAAGAGUCGGUCGCUUGUCGCAGGCAAUGAAAGCGCACGGUAUCCGUCGAGGCGAUCGAGUCGCCCUGGUUGCCAGCAAUUCGCUGGAUACUCUGACCGUAUUUCUCGCCGUGACUGCACUGGGAGGUAUCUUCUCGAGCUCAAGCACCGACAUGGGCACCAAGGCCCUUCUCGAACGGCUGGUGCAAAUCGAGCCGAAGCUGAUCUUCAUGGAUGAUUGGGCGGUCUACAAUGGCAAACGGAUGGACCUGAGACCGAAGAUGAGAGAUCUCGCGCGAGCCAUGAAGGACGUCCGAGGUUUCCAAGGCAUCAUAGCCCAGGCGAGGUUUCAAGACGCACCUGCCGAUGUCUUCGCCGUGUCAAAUUGUCGCACCUGGCACACCUUCAUUUCUGCCGCGAGAUACUCAUCCGCGCUAGAGUUCGAACAGGUGGACUUUGGCGAUCCCAUGAUCAUCGUCUACUCUUCAGGCACCACCGGGAUACCGAAAGCCAUUGUGCACUCUGCUGGCGGCGUGGUACUAAGCGGCCACAAAGAAUCGACUUUACAUCGCCAGGUGGAUUCUACGUCGACACAGCUACAAUAUACAACCACUGGGUGGAUGAUGUACAUGAGUUCGGUUCAAUUGAUGUUGACGGGCGCCAGACUCAUCAUGUACGACGGCAGUCCUUUCAUCCCGGACACAGCGGCGUUAAUCCGGCUGGCUGACGAGCAGCACGUCACGCAUUUGGGCAUUUCCCCUCGCUAUCUGCAGACUUUGCAGAUGCAGAACAUCAGUCCGAGGCGCAUCGCGGAUCUCAGGCACCUACAGAUCGUAACUAGCACAGGCAUGGUCUUGUCCGACGCUCUCUUCCAAUGGUUCUACGAUGUCGGCUUCUCGCCCUCAGUCCAGCUGUGCAAUAUCUCCGGCGGUACAGAUAUCGCCGCCGCAUUUGGGACUGCGAAUCCCCUCCUCCCCGUUUACGUCGGUGGUUGCCAGUGUAUAGCCCUCGGCAUGGCCGUCAGUGUCUAUGACUCCUCGAUAGAAGGCGGACGAGGUGUGAAAGGUCGACCCGUCCCCAACGGUGUACCGGGCGAACUCGUUUGCACCGAGGCAUUUCCCACGAUGCCCGUCAAACUCUGGGGUGCGGACGGCCAGAAACGAUAUUUCAGCAGCUACUUUGAGAAGUACGACGGCUGCUGGACGCACGGCGAUUUCAUCAUGACCCAUCCGCUGACCAAGCAGGUGAUCUACUUUGGUCGUGCGGACGGCGUCUUGAAUCCCAGCGGCGUGCGCUUCGGCAGCUCAGACAUCUAUGGUGUGAUCGACACGUUCUUUUCGGAGACUGUGGCCGAUAGUAUCUGCGUCGGGCAACGGCGGCCGCAGGACGACGACGAGAGCGUCAUGCUAUUCCUGCUCAUGAAGCCCGGAAAGCGCUUCACGGCGGACCUGGUCAGGGAGAUCAAGGCGGUGAUUCGCCGAGAGCUAUCGCCGCGCCACGUCCCCCGCUAUGUCUUUGAAACGCCAGAAAUCCCGACCACAAUCAACGCGAAGAAGGUGGAGCUCCCAGUCAAGCAAAUCGUUUCAGGCAAGGUCGUGAAACCCUCGGGGACGCUGUCCAAUCCGAAGAGUCUGCAGUACUAUUAUCAGUUUGCCAAAGAUGAGAACUUGGUCGCUCAGCCUACGGCCAAGUUGUAG